GUAUAAACGUUGGCUGUUUAUUUAAAACACUUUUCACUGACCAACUCACCGUCCAACUGACCAAUAUUUAUCACAUCUAACUGAUCCAUUCGUGCAACUUAUAAAACUACACAGUCAGUAUGUUCGCAAUUAGCAAAUUCUCUUUCGUUAUCCUCAUCACUCUUUUCAUCUCCCAACCUUGGAUAACAUUGGUUAUCAAUGCUGUACCAGCAUUAAAUACAAAUGAACAAAGUAUUACAUACCCUGGUCUACAAAAUCCUAGAGCUGAAGUAUUCUUUACUGAACCGACAAGAGAAUCAGAAGAAUUGUUCAGAAAACAUUAUUACUAUCCAAAUUUAUCAACUGAUAGACGACUGUUCCGUAAACGUGCUGCCUAUAUUGAUUUACCAUGGGGUAAAUAAUCGAGUGACUGCAUUUUUGCAUCCCGUGCUAUAUGCGCUCACACUCUCAAAUACACACAACACAAAAACAAAUACUGAAUGAAGCAGAACUCGUAGUGGUAUAUACUUUAUUUAUCAAAACUUUCAUUGAACUUAUUAAAUAAAAUUCUUGACAAAAAAUAAAAUAAAAGAAAUAUUAUUUCAUAAAAACUUUUGAGACAGUUGAACACUUUAUGUGAAAAUAAAUUUCUCAAU